AUGAUCUGGAAGCUCUUGCUCGCUUUGACGACUAGCACUGCUCAUGUACUGGCUAUUGGCACUCCUCUAGGAUUUGGGUCUUCGACCGUCGGUGGAGGAAGUGCUACUGCAGCUACUCCAGCAUCUGCGGCUCAACUCCUUUCAUGGCUCGCGGAUAGCACACCACGCACUAUCGUCAUUAGUACGACGUAUGAUUUUACAAACUACUACGGCUCUACCUCCGGCAAGAUUUGCAAGCCAUGGACGUGCUCUCCAAACCCUCAAUUUGCGAUCGAUCAAAAUAACUGGUGUGCCAAUUAUCAACCGAGCGCCGCCACUGGUACAGAUUCUUGGUACAAAUCAGGAACCGGGUACUCUUACCUACUCAAGGUCGCAAGCAAUAAGACGCUCCUUGGGAAGGGUAGUUCUGCGGGAAUCAAAGGCAUUGGAUUAUUGAUCCAGAAUGCUGAUAAUGUCAUCAUCCAAAAUAUAAACAUCUCAGACAUCAAUGCCAAAUUCGUCUGGGGUGGUGAUGCUAGUGAGCGACUACCAGUCACAAUCGUUGGUUCGACUCAUGUCUGGAUCGACCAUUGCACUAUUAAGAACGUCGGACGGCAAUUCAUCGUCACAGGAUACAAUCCAGCCAAGGCAAUUACCAUCUCGAAUAACAUUUUCGAUGGCCGCGCCACCUAUUCUGCAACCUGCAAUGGAAAGCACUACUGGGUUGCUCUCUUCACCGGGUCCGCCGAUACAAUCACAUUCGCUCAGAACUACAUAUACCAAACUUCUGGCAGAGGGCCCCACAUCGGAGGAACCUCUGGAUAUACUCAAUACGUGCAUGUUGUGAACAACUACUUCGUGAGCGUCUCCGGUCAUGCUUUGGACUCUGAAGUUGGUGCAGUGACACUCGCAGAAGGCAACUACUUCAAUACUGUGACAACACCAUCCAUGGCAGGGACGGCUGGGAAUGAGUAUUUCAUACAGACAUCUUCGGAUCUAUCGGCUUGUCAAUCAGCUUUGGGUCGUACCUGCCAGGCAAAUACACUCCUGAGCUCUGGAUCUGUUUCUCGCCUCAACUCUGCCGUCCUUACGGCUCUCAAAGCUCAGAGCGCCGUCACAAGGUACUCGCCAAUGUCGGCAAGUGCAGCUGCUUCAUACGUCCAGGCAAAUGCUGGUGUCGGAAAGAUCAAUUAG